CCUUGCAGCCAUUGCCAUUGCUCCCUUGCGCCUGUCACCUAAAGUCGCCGAUUGCUUAUCAUCCCAGUGAGGAAUAUGAAGAGUUCUUUUCACACAGUUGUACACAAGUCAGUCGCUGGUUGUUGAGUCUGUAUCUGAAGCCAUGGAGGAGGACUUGCCUACCGCCUUUCUGCCACGUGAAGGAAUAUUCAAGACUGGCUAUUCUCUGGCAUUGACAUUUUAUAUUAACUGUUGGUCAUGAAGCAGUAGGAUCACCAGUGCAGUUUCUGAUUUGCAUGUACAAUGUAUCCUGUGUAUCCUGUGUUCAACAAAGUGUUCAAUUCCAUUCAGGAUGGACAAUAAAACACUUAAAAAGUACAGAAGAUGGUGCUGUGAGUGGCAGUGGUGAGUGUUGUCUAGGACGGGCUAUCAGAGGAGUUAUGGGGGUGUCAAAUAUGGCCAGGUUAAAGUUAAAUUAACCGCAAACGGCAAAUGGAGAACUGUUCAUGUUCAUGAGAUAGUCUACAUGAUAGCUACCAGCCAAUUGAGUUAAGGUGCAGUGUCUCCCAUCUCUGUGGGAACACCUGUGGUGUAGGGGGCACCUGUUACUGGAGAACCACCCCAUGAAGGUCCUGCAUGGACAGUGGUGGGGUGCCAAGAUGUUUGGUGACCCUCAGACUGUGACAAGGCUUGUUUUUAUUUGAUGGCUAACAGAUCUCUGACUAACUGAGAAGUGGAAAUACAAACAAGAUUAUUAUAUUUGUCAUAACAUCAUUUCGGUGAGUUGGUGAAGUAGACAGAAAAUGAUGAUAAUUUGACUUAGGCUGCAGAAUGUGUCUAUGUUUGCAGGUCAUGUAAACAUGCAUUUAACUUUUGUCAGGAAGCUUCUUCUUUUUAUCUGGUGUUAUCAGUGGCCAAAGAUUUUACAUUUAGUACUAACUACUAAAUGACUUUAUCGCGCGUAUCCAAACCAUGGGCUAAUUACAUCUGUAACCCAAUCACCCCUCGUAACUCAAUCACCCCGCGGUCACCACUCGGCACCGUGCCCGGGGAAUAAUCCCGCGCAAGCAUCAUCCCGCCCUUUGUUAGUCCGUCAUUCGCGAACAGCCCUUCCCCAAGUACACACGUGUGUCACUGUAUCUAAUCGCUUUCGCUUUGUACGUUUCCUUUGUACCCAGUCGCGACCGUUUCGCGGAUUACGCUUUGAAUACCAUCUAUUCCAACACUCGCCGUAUCGCAUUUACACAAUUGCGACCGUUUCGCGGAUUACGCUUUGAAUACCAUCUAUUUCAGCACUCGCCGUAUCGCAUUUAUUCAGUUCUACUCCCGAACUUCACCCUCGGGACAAUUUUACGCUUGUGGAAUACCAACUCACCACCUCGACCUUUCGUGAUGCCUCCCAAGAGAAGAGCAGCCGUCAACCACAAGCUUGUGAGGGGAGCCAAGCAGGCCAGGACAACCAGAAGACAAACCCCGGGAGUACACAUUGUACAGGAGGCAACAGCUGAUGGUGAGUCUGCCAAUUACAGAAAUAUCGAAGGUGGCAACAGAAUUAACGUGCAAUCAGCGCAGCUUGUAAAUGCCGCGCAGGCUGCCAACUCAGCUACCCAGGUAAACGAGCAACUGGAAAAAAUACUCCAGUUGCUGGAACAUUCAGCGCCCGGCCCGGUUAGCGCAAACCAACAGGUAAGGCUUGGUUUUAGUUCUCCCGCCAUUUCGCCCAACAUAGGAAGAAUCCCCGAUGCUCACAACGAGGCCAACGGUGACGCGGCUUGGCCAGCCAAUCACAUCGCAGGAUACGGGGAUUCCCUUUCCUUCCGUGCGGAUGGAAUAGACGCGCACGUCAAACAACAGGUGAGGGAAAUAAUCUGGCGUGGCGAGUAUGUCGACCUCGGCACAAUCCUACCAAACACCGAGGGAAGUCACGAGGACGGUACGAUUACCAUGGCGUACGACUCCUCAGGUAAGGUAAUUUUUAAACCAAUAAAGCAGCAACCAAAGCGCCUGUCCCUGGCAAGCUGGACUUCAGCUUUCCACAUUUUCAUGUGUAUAUAUGUUAGUAGGCACUCCGAGGUCCGCACAACCCAAGGAUUGCUGUCCUACAUGGAAACCAUAAGAACGGCGGCACUUCGAUUCGGGGGGGAUGCCUGGUCAACCUACGACCAACAAUUCCGACACAGAAUGUCAAGGGACCCCUCACGACGCUGCGACAACAUCGACGGGGAGUUGUGGCUGAAGUACAUGGUAACACAGCCGGUACUACAACCAGAAUCAGGCGGACGGGGCGCAACGACACGCGUACAGGGGGACAUCGCCAGUCAGGUAUGCUGGGAUUUCAAUAAAUUUGGCUGUAGCAGGGUCAACUGUAAGUACACUCACAAAUGCGGUAAGUGUGGCAAACAUUCCCAUAGCUCUAGGACCUGCUUUCGAGGGAAUGGGGUCCAACCGACCCCAUACAAGCCCAAUCAGCCUUUUCCUAACAGAAACCAGCCGUCAAGGCAGGUAAAUUCAAUGGCCCCUUCCCCCGUGGAUCUCAAUGAAAUGGCACCCUGGUUACGCCAAUAUGCUAGGGUCAAUUACAGAGAUGCAAAUUAUUUAUGGGUAGGUUUUAGCUUUGGCUUUAAGCUCAAGUUCCAGGGAAGCUGCACGGGUCGCCUGGCACGAAACCUGUGAUCAGCCACGCACCAAGACACGGCAGGCUACGUGAAACAAAAAAGUACAAAAGGAAGUCGACCUUGGCAGUAUGGCGGGCCCCUUCAAGGACACCCCCCUAGACAACCUCCAAGUAUCACCAAUAGGCCUGGUGCCCAAGAAGCAGCCAGGAUAUGGUCAGCACCUGGGUAAGCAUGCGGAGGAAUUCCGUCUAAUUCACCAUCUAUCCUAUCCCAGGGGUAAAUCUAUGAAUGACUUCAUACACACAGAGGCCUGCUCCGUUGUGUACGCCAGAUUUGAUGAAGCUACCCAUAUGGUUCAACAACUGGGAAAGGGAGCACUAUUUGCAAAAUUCGACAUUCAGUCGGCCUUUAGAAUUAUACCAGUCCACCCAUCCGAUUUCGAGCUGCUAGACAUCAGAUUCGAAGGUGAGUUCUAUUUCGAUAAAUGCUUACCAUUUGGCUGCUCCAUAUCUUGCGCCAUAUUUGAAACGUUAAGUACCUUCUUGCAAUGGUGCAUGCAAUUGUAUCUUCCAACGUGUCCGAUCAUGCAUUACCUGGAUGACUUCCUAACGGGGGGCACAGCAGGCACCAGCCACUGCUCAGACAACCUCAACGGAUGCGUGAAUACAGCUUGGGGUUCCUAUUGCGCACGACAAGACGGUGGGACCCACAACCAAACUGACAUUCCUAGGGCUGGAAAUCGACACCAUUGCAAUGCAGAUCAGAAUCCCAGAGUCCAAGAUCAAGGAGGCAACAAGGGAAAUCCAAGACAUCCUGUCAACAGGUAACAUCAAGGUCACAAAAAGGGCCCUUCAGUCCCUCAUAGGCAAGCUUAACUUUAUGUGCAGGGCUAUACCAAUGGCAAGGGCAUUCAGCCGCAGGCUAAUCGAUCUGCUUAGCAAAGGUAAGCAACCAUUUCACCACAUUAGGAUUACCAGCUGGGUCAAGGAAGACCUACAAAUGUGGUUAACAUUUCUUACGAGUUAUAAAGGCAUUUCAGUGUUUCAGGACCAACUAUGGGUGGACAGCGAUUUCCUCCAGCUGUGGAUAUAAUAUUAUGUUUAAGGCAAAGUAUGUAUGUUCCACUGCUAACACUAUUGCCGAUGCUCUCACGAGGUUUCAGCUCAAACGCUUCCGAGAGGCAGCACCAGCCGCGGACCAGAACCCCACACCUAUCCCGUGCAACAUAUGGCUGAUCUGAGGCAGGAGGCCGGCAGACUCCUACAACAAUCUCUGUCUACUAAUACAUGGGCCACUUACCAAACAGGCAUCAAUGCCUUGCACCAGUUCCGGUCCGCACACCAGCUACAAGAGGUGUGGCCAGUCCUGCUGGAUCAGGUCGUAAACUUUAUUGCUUAUCUGUCAGUCACUCACCACUCCCCUAACACAGUCAAGACUUACAUGGCAGCGCUGUCUUCACACCACAAAUUCCACGGGCUCACCGACUGUACAACCAUUUCCUGGUAGGCAAGAUUUUAACCGGCUUACACAAAUCAGCGGGCCGACCAGACACCAGAAAACCGAUCACUGCAGAUCUGCUGCAGGUAGUAACCAACAAUCUGCCUCACGUAUGCUCAUCAGCAUAUGAAGCCAGGCUGUUCAAGGCAGUCUACUGCACAGCCUUCUUCGGUUUCUUUAGGGUUAGCGAACUGGUCCAAACUGGACCUUCAAAAACAGGUUGCGCCAUCCAGAAUUUAAGCUUCUCGGGCAACCCCCAGCAGCUUUCAAUCCAUUUACCACACUCAAAGUCUGAUCAGUACAGGAUGGGGACAACAGUUACAAUGUCAUCUAUACCAGGUAAUCCGCUAUGUCCGGUAGUCGCCAUCAAGCACUACCUGGAGGCGCGCCCCUCCGGCCCACAACAUGCAUUCGUUCACUUCGAACAUUCCCCCGUUACAAGGUACCAAUUCCAGGCACUCCUAAAAAAGGCCUUAGCACACAGCAACAUAAACACAGCCUGCUAUUCUUCGCACUCCUUCCGCAUUAGGGCAGCCACAUCAGCAGCCAUGAACGGGGUGCCCGAACACCUCAUACAACAAUACGGCAGGUGGAAAUCAGAUUGCUACAAUGCUUACAUACGCUUACCAACAAAUUCAAUGUUGCACAAUUAAUUCAAAUAGUCUUUCAUGGUACUUACUACACUUCUUGUUGGUUACAGUUUGGAUGGUGGGAUCCAGCUACAUGGCCAGGGCACGGCAGUACUUGCUCCUGAAGGGCACCAGUCCGAACCAACCGAGGAUGCUAUGGCUGGCACGAGGGGGAAUGAGGUGGAAGGAGCUGGACACCAUUCUGGAUGCACAGGUCAAGGCGACACGGCGCAGCCCGAGAGCCCUCAUCAUUCACCUGGGCUCCAACGACCUGUGCUCGGUCAAGGUCAGCCAACUCUACCUUGACAUGGUGGCAUCAAUCCUUCGGAUACAACUCCAGCUUCCUGACACCAAGAUCAUCGUAUCCUCAAUGCUGCCCAGGCGCUACUGGCACGAUGCCAGGGACCCACUAAAGAUCGAGGGGAUGCGGAAGAAUAUCAACCGCCGACUGGCCAACCGAGUCAAAGAGCUCAGCGGUACAAUGGUGCCACAUCCCCAGAUCCUGGCAUCAGACAAGACAUGGUACGCCUGGGAGGGCGUCCACCUCAAUGACAAAGGACUGUGUGUGUUUACGGACAAUUUAUUGCAUGCCCUGGCGCUUGUUUUGCGUCAGUAAGGAUGUUAUCUCCACAGGUUAGUGUUUCCUUUCAGUACAUAGGCAAGCCGGGCAACAAUGCUAUCUCCGCGUAUCGCGUGGCCGUGGGUGUGGGGUAGCACUCUGGUGCUUUGUGGCGGGGUUCUUGUGGGCUACACUGCUAGUAACAAAUUAACUUGCUUCCAAAUUAAUACUCGUGCUUAAGGCUACCUACUUUUCAGCGGGAACCUUUCCAGGCUUACCUGCUUCUCAGUGGGAACCUUGUCUUUCCCGACUUUUCAGCCGGGGAAUCGUAAAAUAACAUACGUUGGGGCAAACAAUUGCCACGUAGUACCGGCGGCGAAGGUCGUCUUGUCAAGCGGUAGCUAACAGUUGGGUCUGCGGCGUGGGAGCCGCACAAUGGUUUUGCUAAUGGGGCCGGGCAGUGGGAUCUGCUUUGGCCGGCUACCUGGGGCCGGGCAGCGGUAGUCUGACUUAGGCCAGCAGCGUGGAGCUGCUUUUGACAGCGUGGGAGUUGUCAAGCAAUGGUAGCAUUUAAAUAUAGCUACCGUGGGGGCCGGACAGCAGUAGCAGUCUCAGGCCAGCAGCGCUAGCUGCAAUCGCCGUUGGCCUCGCGGUGGCCAUGGCAACGGUAGCAUUUUGGUAUACACAAUUAGCAGCUAAGUAGCCCACAAGUACCUGCACACCCUCGGCCAUUUAACCCAAUUUCAUCUUCUGUUUUUAUUAUAGGCACGGGCAUCCACGGCUCGGUGGCCCGUGCCUCUCCUUGGCAUAUCGCGGGAUAAAUAUACAUUAUUCAUGACAAAAACAAAGACCGGUAAAUUACGAUACAACAAGUGUACUUAUAUUAUGUUUUCUGUUUGUGGCUUCUGACUUUAGCCUGGAGAUGUUUAAUUGUGUUACUGUGGUUACAUGAAGUGGGAGAUCUGUAAACCAAUAAAUUAAAGUGUUGCCAAAUCUUCAUGUAAGUGUGUUACCUUCGUUAUGUUACAUUUGUUUAUGAU